UAAUGUUGUUUGCUUUUGAAAAAAAUAUUUUGCAAUGCAUUACUAUAAAUAAGCAUUUCCUUGUGAUUCCGUUAUCACACGCAAAAUUAACAUGGCUCGAAUCAUCUUUCUCUUGUGUGCCAUAGCGGCUCUCGCUUACAGCGUGUCAGCCAAGCCAGACAAAGUUGUGUGUUACUAUGGAAGUUGGGCUGUUUACCGCCAAGGAUAUGGGAAGUUUCCUGUUGAGAGCAUUGACCCGUUCAAAUGCACCCACGCUAUCUACACUUUCGUAGGAAUCGGUUCAGAUGGAUCCAUUAGGAUUCUUGACUCAUGGAAUGAAAUUGAUCUUGGCGCGAUUAGGCGCUUCAACGCAUUGAAGAACAAGAAUUCUAAUCUAAAGACAUUGAUUGCAAUUGGUGGUUGGAAUGAGGGAUCGCAAGUAUUCAGCCAGGUGGCGGCAAACUCUGGUCUACGUCAGAAGUUCGCGCAGAACGCGCUGGCAUUUAUUCAGAAGCAUGGUUUUGAUGGAUUUGACCUGGAUUGGGAGUACCCAGCGCAAAGAGGAGGCGCUUCUUACGAUAAACAAAACGUUGUUUUGAUGGUUGAGGCCUUGAGGAAGACCUUCGACGCAACGGGAAAUAAAUACUUGGUCACUGCUGCAGUGGCUGCCACUGCGUCGGCGGCUGAUAUAUCAUACAACAUUCCUGCGUUUGCAGCUAAUUUAGAUUUUAUUAAUCUGAUGGCAUAUGAUUUGCACGGUCCUUUUGAUGGACGCACAGGACAGAAUGCACCUUUGUAUUCUAGUGAUUCACUUAAUGUCGAUGCUUCAGUCAAAGCAUGGUUAUCUCGUGGUGCACCAGCCAACAAAAUCGUGCUUGGUGUUCCCGUUUAUGGACGAAGUUUUACAGUCAGUAACACCGCAAGUCUUGGCUCUAACAAUGGUUUGAAUAUUCCUGCAAAUGCCGGUACUCCCGGACCAUUCACUGCGGAAGCUGGCAUGUUAGGUUAUAAUGAGAUUUGUCUUUUAAAACAACAAGGAGGAUGGACAGAGAUCUGGGACAAUAAUCAAAAGGUACCCGCAAUGUACAAAGGGAAUCAAUGGGUAGGUUUCGACAAUGAACGUUCCAUCCGCAUGAAGGCCGAGUAUGCUAUUGCUAUGAACCUUGGAGGGGCAAUGAUUUGGUCAAUUGAGACCGAAGACAUUCACGGUUUCUGUGGCAGGAGUUAUCCGAUACUCUCCACCAUCAACGAGGCAUUUUUCGGGUCUUCCAACGCCAACCCCGGAAGUGGAAGCUCCGGCAGUGUGACUACCUCAAAACCAGUUACCACUUCCACACCAAAGGCUACUACAACGACUACAACCACCACUAAAGCGCCAAUCAUUGGCAACGAUCGUACUGACUGCUCAACUGCGGGUUACAUUCGCGAUGCCGACGAUUGUAACGUCUAUCAUUAUUGCCAAAACUACGAAAUAAUCCACUCGUUAAAAUGCCCUUCUGGAUUAGUAUUUAACGAUCACUUGUGGGCAUGCGAUUGGCCAUACAAUGUCCCGGAAUGCUAAAAGAAGAUGAAAUAUCUUAUAAUAAAAAUAAUAAAUAACUUGUAAUGCCUGAAA